AUGAACAACCGUAAUGAUUUAAUGGGAAUAAAUAGAAAUGAAACUGGGACGCCAUUGAACAUGAAGGCGUCGUCACCAUUUACAUUGAAUCCACCUGUAGAUUCAGAUGGUUUCUCAUGGCCCAGCGUGGGGACCAAACAACGUUCAAUUGAGUCCCCUGAAGAAGAACAACAACGAAUUGAACGUAUUGCAGACGCUGUCAAAGUUAUAUUGAAUGAAGUUGGUGAAGAUAUCAAUAGAGAGGGUCUCUUAGCGACACCUGAACGUUAUGCCAAGGCAAUGCUUUUCUUUACGAAAGGGUACCAAACAAAUAUCAUGGAUGAUGUGAUUAAUAAUGCUGUCUUUGAAGAAGAUCAUGAUGAAAUGGUUAUCGUGAGAGAUAUUGAAAUUCAUUCAUUAUGUGAACAUCAUUUAGUACCAUUUUUUGGGAAAGUUCAUAUUGCAUAUAUUCCAAAUAAAAAAGUUAUUGGAUUAAGUAAAUUGGCUAGAUUGGCAGAAAUGUAUGCGAGAAGGUUACAAGUUCAAGAACGAUUAACGAAACAAAUUGCACUCGCUUUAAGUGAAAUUUUGAAACCAUUGGGUGUUGCUGUGGUCAUUGAAGCAUCUCAUAUGUGUAUGGUAUCAAGAGGUGUUCAAAAGACAGGGUCCUCUACUAUGACUUCAUGUAUGCUUGGUUGUUUCAGAGAUCAACAUAAGACUAGAGAAGAAUUUUUAACUUUAUUAAAUAAAAGCAAUCGUUAA